ACCCUUUCAUUUUCGUGUUCUAUGUUUGUUUUGAUUACAUAUAUAACUUAGUUUGGAAGAGUCUUUCCAAACUCAUAUUCUAUCCAUCAAAUAUGGCAAGCCAACAACCACCUGUUCGCCCAUGGUUCCGACUAGCUGCUCGCCCUGCCCCGGCAGCAGCCCCUGCACCAUCUCCAACCCCAAGUUUUCAACCUGCCCCACCCCAACCAAGGCCAGCUUUUGUUCGACCCACAUUUGUCCAAACAUUUAGGCCCCCAGUAGCUCAGUCUCAGCCAAAUCAACCUCAGGAACCUGCUGCACCUCCUCCUUUCGGUACCGCUUCUGUCCCAUCAUCUCCAAUUACCAAAGCUUCUGCUCCGUCAUCUUCAUUGACAUCUUCUCCAGCGCCUGCUUCAACAAUACUAGUUCUUUCAGGUGCGUCUUCCUCUUCAGUGCCUCCAUCACCUAAACCAAUUGUUUCAGCUCCUUCAUCUUCAUUACCAACUUCUCCAUCAGCUCUUUCAGCUGCAUCGUCUUCUUCAGUGCCACCACCAUCUCCUAAAAUAAAAGUAAUUUCACUUCCUUCAUCUUCAUUACCAACUUAUGCUGCCCCCAGUGCCAGAGCACUGGUAGAGCCUUCUUAUCCAGCGCCAGUGGCACCACCACCUUCCCCUGUGCGUGCUGCCCCCACAUCUGUCCUCAUGACUGCUCGUGCUGCCUACCCAACAAUAUCUCCCCCAAAGGUGAAGCCUAGUACUCCGUUGUCUCCUCUAAUCCUACCCCCGGCUCAAAUUAAGUCUGAUGUGCAACCAGAACCCCCCAAGAUUCCGGCAGAAGCAGAGCAGAAAACUGUGUUGUUACAAGAAACCAUUGAAAAACCUGUGGUGAUGCCCAAAACCUCUUCCAAUGGUGAAUUCCAAAGGUAUGGGGGGCGAGAAGUAAAGAAACCAGACAGUCAGACGUCCAAAGACAAAGGAGGUAAGUAUAAGAAGUGGUCUUCUUCGGAAUCUGAAGAGGGUGGGAUGAGAAUUAUAACACUUGCAGGUGAAAACAAAGGUGCUAUUAUGGAGUUGAGCCCUUCCCAGAAGAAGUCGCAUGUGAUUGGGGGAAACCCUCCUCCUCAUAAUGUUCUUUACAAGAAAGGCAAUAUAGCUUUGGGCGAUGAUGAGAAAUCAGAAGGGGGGUUGAGCAAGAUGAUAAAUAAUGAGCACAAGACAUCACCACGUACACCACCACCACCACCCAUGACCACCGCUUUCAUGAACAGCAACGUACAGGGUGUGAAUAACUCCAUUCUCUUCAACUCUUCUUCCACUCACCAUGAUCCUGGUGUCCACCUUUCUCUCUCCAGAAAGCUCAAUGGUGGCCAUGGAAUGCACCUCAAGGAUUAACAUCCAUCUCGAUCAUCUGAGCUAGGGUAUUCAAUCAACCUCUGUUUUGAGUUUAAUUUUAAUGAAGGAAAACUACGUACUGCAGUUUUAUGUAAUUGGAAUAAAUAAAUAAAUAAAUAUAUAUAUAUAUAUAUAUAUACACACACACAUAUGAUAAAAAGGGGUAUGGAUUCUGAUUCUGCCUUGUUGCAUUCCAGCUGGCCUCAUGGAUUAAGGUUACUGAAGAGAAGCCACCCCUAUUUAUUUAUUUAUGUUUGAUGUGAUAUGACCGAGUGGAUUUAUGUAUAAAUAUCAUGAAGUAAUAAACAGUUCACGUUGCUAUGCAACAUUAUUUGAAUAA